GGAGCAGGGCCGGGGUCGUGGGGACCGGAGCCCAGGAGGCGGGACCGGAGCCGGGGGCGGAGCUUCGGGAUCAGCGGGGCUGCAUACCGGGACCCCCGGGGACGGAGACGCACUCCCCUGUCCGAGCUCACGUCGCCUCGCAGCGUCCCCGCGGGGAGGAGCCGACCACCCGGAGUCACCAAAGUUUGAUUCUCCUCCCCGGGAGGAGUCUUCGGGCCGCGAUCCCUCCGGGCACCGGGCGCCACCCGCCUCCCAGGCCGGGACCAGCUUCUCCAUCGCUCCGAGUCGGAGCCUCAAAGUCGGGAGGCGCUGCGGGCCUGCGCACGCGCCGCCGCCCUCGCUAUCCUCCCCGCGGUGCUACAGAGCCCCCCCUCCGCCCCAAGUUCACGAGUUCCACGAGUGGACGGACGGCGCGGGGCCCGCGCGGGGCCAUGGAGGAGCCGCUGGGGUCGCCGCCCGCUGCCCUGUCGGCGCUGGAGAAGAACGUGGCGGAGCUGACCGUCAUGGACGUGUACGACAUCGCGUCGCUCGUGGGCCACGAGUUCGAAAGGGUCAUCGACCAACACGGCUGCGAGGCCAUCGCACGCCUCAUGCCCAAGGUCGUGAGGGUCCUGGAGAUCCUGGAGGUGCUGGUUAGCCGGCACCAUGUCGCUCCCGAGCUGGACGAGCUGCGACUGGAGCUGGACCGGCUGCGCGUGGAGAGGAUGGACCGCAUUGAGAAGGAGCGCAAGCAUCAGAAGGAGCUGGAGUUGGUGGAGGACGUGUGGCGGGGCGAGGCGCAGGACCUCCUGUCCCAGAUUGCCCAGCUGCAGGAGGAGAACAAGCAGCUGAUGACCAACCUUAACCACAAGGAGGUGGGCUUCUCUGAGGAGGAGUUCCAGAAGCAGGAAGGCAUGUCAGAGCGAGAGCGGCAGGUGAUGAAGAGGCUGAAGGAGGUGGUGGACAAGCAGAGGGAUGAGAUCCGAGCCAAAGACAGGGAGCUGGGCUUGAAGAAUGAGGACGUCGAGGCUCUGCAGCAGCAGCAGACGAGGCUAAUGAAGAUCAACCACGACCUUCGGCACCGCGUCACAGUGGUGGAGGCUCAGGGCAAGGCGCUGAUCGAGCAGAAGGUGGAGCUGGAGGCGGACCUGCAGACCAAGGAGCAGGAGAUGGGCAGCCUGCGGGCGGAGCUCGGCAAGCUCCGAGAGAGGCUGCAGGGCGAGCACAGCCAGAAUGGAGAGGAGGCGGCCGAGGGGCAGCCACAGCCAGACGGAGAGGAGUCCAUCUCAGAUGCAGAGAAAGCAGCCCUGGACCUCAAGGACCCCAACCGCCCACGGUUCACGCUGCAGGAGCUGCGGGAUGUACUGCACGAGAGGAAUGAGCUUAAGUCCAAGGUGUUUCUGUUACAAGAGGAGCUGGCCUACUACAAGAGUGAAGAAAUAGAAGAGGAGAAUCGAAUACCCCCACCUCCGCCCAUCAUACACCCAAGGACGUCCCUCCCACCGGAGUCUGGGAUCAAGCGACUGUUUAGCUUUUUCUCCCGGGACAAGAGGCGCCUGGCCAACACGCAGAGACCCACGCACAUCCACGAGUCCUUUGGCCAGUGGGCAAAUACCCACCGAGAUGACGGGUACACAGAGCAAGGACAGGAAGCCCUGCAGCACCUGUGACUGUGCCCCACCCCGGACCCGCCUGCCACCUGCUGCGGGUGGCCGCCUCAACAUCCAGCCCUCAAAUGAACUGUCUGCUUUGAGGGUAGAUGAUGAGAAACUGAUGCCAAAUCCUACAGAAGUGUUUUAUUUAUCUGCAGGGCUAUCCGGUUUAUACUCAAUGCCUCAGACCUCUUAGGACCUAUAUUUAAUAAGGUGAGGAUCUGAAGCCAGACCACAUUAAUUUUAGUUAACAAGCUUCCUAAGCUGAACACUACCAUGGCUGUUUGACUCCUAGGUUUAGUUUGGUUUGGUUUGGUUAGGGCCUUUGCCAUGUUAGUGAGGAGCAGUGGAAGGAGAGUUUUAUAUUGUGAAGUUGCCCUGGAGGGAGCAGUUUGUACAGUGUGUGGACUGGAUUGGUGGAGCCUCUAGUCACAGGAUGGGCCACACAAAACAGAAAAUCUUCACAGUCCUUCCAGCCACGGACUAGAAACAACUGUGGACUGUGGUUCGCUGUUCCUGUUAAGGCUAGAGGCCUGAGCAGCCUGUCUGAGGUGGUGUGCCUUGAAAUCUGCUGUGAGCUACACAGUACUAACCAAACAAAGUUGUUUAGGAUGAGA